GCGGUUGAUAAUUGCCCUAUCCUAGGUAGAGCAGAAGAGACGGUCGGCUAAGGUGAGUUAAGCACCUGGCAUACACAUGUAUGCCUUGAUCAUCAGAUACAUGGCACCUUGCGUGCCUUCCUUGUGCUGUAGGUGUGGACCUAGACCUAGAACCUACCUACCUUCGACAGUUGCUCCUCGAGACCCCGCCAUUAUGUACACCUUAUGAUAACGGAAAACAUGGCCAAAAUCCAUAGGCCGUUUGCUAUUCCAACGCGCUGCAUCUCACAUUGACCUCAACUCCUGUAAUUUGUAUUCCAACCGAGACCUACUCCGUCAACUUUCCACUGGAUCCGAUGUCCUCACUCACUUUUCUACAUCACUACAAUCUCGACCGCGCCAGUCGAGCAAGUUAGCAACCAGGAAAAGAAAGAAUUUUUGCUAACUAUUUUUUCUUUCUCGUUGUUUGCCUCUUGUCGGCAAAGAAACAAAAGAAUGACCAUCAACAAAAAUACCACCGACAUCGGUCCUGCCGUGCUGAAAAACACCAGGACUAAAAAGAACCAGAAACGCGAACUGCCUCAGCUGCUGCCCAAGAACGAGAACAUGGACGGCCCAGCCGAUUACAAAUCAUCCCAUGUCGGUAAAACAUGGACAAAAGCAGCCCCUACAGAAAUGACACCACCGCCGCCGCCGCCGCCGCCACCGCCACCAGCCGCCCCAGCCAGCAACCGAGCCGCACGUCGCGAGCUGGUGCUGCGCGACAGGCAACACGCCAAGCUGCAGGCCGAGCUUGGAGCGGAUGCCUCGCCGUCGUCUGCUGCCAAGGUCGAAAAGGCACUUUUGGCUUGGGAGAGGAGGAGGAAGCGGCUGGCGGACAAGAGGAAGUUGAAGUUGGCCGCGAGGAGGAUCGACUCGGGCAUCAAGAACAGGACGGAUAAGCAGGAGAAGAGGGCCAGGCGAGUCGCGGGCUCCAGAAAGAUCAAGACGGACAAGGCCUAAAUCCUGCUGCUACUUUUGCUUCACCCGCUCCUCAUCGUAAGCCAAAGGGGUUUAUGAUCAAGUUCGAGAGGAUGUGCGGCGAAAGUGAUGCGGAACUGAGAGCUGCCUCAUUGUUAGUCUUUAGUCUCACAGGCCUGAUCAUCGCGAUGUGUUUGAAGUUGUUGAUGAAGAGGGAAAGUCGCAUCGUCUGUUAUCUUUGUUUGGUCACAAGGUUUUUCGGGUCAACUGCAGCAUUGUAAGCACAAGUAAUAAUUUACGUUGGGGACGAUGAUCAAGGUCAGCUUUACCCUGAUGGCAUUACUGGGGAUGGGAAUGGGCCAGGGAAACUAGAACCAAGACAAUAGCGAGCGUGACGAAAAAAAAAAAAAGAGUAUCAUAUCUAUGUGACUAUAGUACAAACAGAUCAGGGAGGUAAAUAUGUCUUGUCUAUACCCAUCUUCGCGGGGAACAAGAUAGAACUAGAGGUUUUGUACAAUGAGUUGUGGGGUCAGUCCCCAACAUCAGGUAUGUAUUACAAUGCGAACUUCUCC